AUGCUGUCGAAUCACUUGCAGAAUGGGAUCGAGGCGCCGAAGCUGGCCUGGUCUCGCCUCCCGAACUCGGACGAGGCCGAGACCGACGUCUUUGUGUUGGGGAAGAAGGACGACGAGGGCGCCGGCGUCGAGAGCCUUGACUAUGAAGUCAUCGAGAACUACGCUUAUUGGGAAGAGCAGGCGCAGAGAGGGAGACUCUAUGUUGGAUAUUAUGUGGCUGUCAAGUGGUUCUUUGCUUUGCUCAUCGGCAUCGGCACUGGAUUAGCUGCUGUUUUCAUCAAUAUUUCGGUUGAGAACUUUGCAGGCUGGAAAUUUGCAUUGACAUUUGCUAUAAUACAAAAAUCAUAUCUGGCCGGUUUCGUGGUGUACAUAUUAAUCAACUUAGUUUUGGUUUUUUCCUCUGUAUAUAUUGUUACACAAUUUGCACCGGCAGCAGCUGGGUCUGGUAUUCCAGAAAUCAAGGGGUAUUUAAAUGGGGUCGACAUACACGGUGUCCUACUUUUCAGAACAUUGAUUGGAAAGAUAUUUGGUAGCAUUGGUUCAGUGGGAGGAGGUCUAGCUUUAGGCAAAGAAGGUCCUCUUGUUCAUACUGGUGCUUGUAUUGCAUCCUUGCUUGGACAAGGUGGAUCUACAAAAUACCAUCUCAGAUCCAGGUGGCUACAAAUUUUUAAUAGUGACCGAGAUCGCCGUGAUCUUGUAACCUGUGGAUGUGCAGCUGGAGUUUCUGCUGCUUUCAGAGCUCCUGUAGGUGGUGUACUAUUUGCACUGGAAGAAGUUACAUCUUGGUGGAGGAGUCAACUUAUGUGGCGUGUGUUUUUCACUUCUGCUAUUGUGGCCGUUGUAGUGCGUACUGCAAUGGGAUGGUGCAAGAGUGGAAAAUGUGGACAUUUUGGCUCAGGUGGCUUCAUAAUAUGGGAUGUAUCAGAUGGUCAAGAGGACUAUUCUUUUGAGGAGUUCUUGCCAAUGGCGGUUAUUGGGGUCAUUGGAGGUUUACUGGGAGCCUUGUUUAACCAGCUUACAUUUUACAUUGCUCACUGGCGCCGAAAUUAUUUGCACAAGAAAGGGAAUCGAGUCAAGAUAAUUGAAGCGUGUCUCAUCUCUCUGAUAACGUCAAUUAUUUCCUUCGGUUUACCACUUUUAAGAAAAUGUAGUCAAUGCCCUGAAGCAGAUCCAGAUUCUGGAAUUGAAUGCCCGCGGCCUCCAGGAAUGUAUGGAAAUUAUGUUAAUUUUUAUUGCAGCAAGGAAAGGGAAUACAAUGAUCUUGCAACUAUUUUCUUCAAUACUCAGGAUGAUGCGAUCAGGAAUUUGUUUAGUGCAAAAACAAUACAUGAGUACAGUGCCCAAAGUUUAUUGACCUUCUUGGUGAUGUUUUACACAUUAGCAGUUGUGACAUUUGGUACUGCUGUUCCAGCUGGUCAAUUUGUUCCUGGAAUAAUGAUAGGAUCAACAUAUGGACGUCUUGUAGGCAUGUUUGUUGUUAGCUUCUACAAGAAGCUCAACAUUGAAGAGGGAACAUAUGCACUACUUGGAGCAGCUUCUUUUCUUGGAGGUUCAAUGCGAAUGACGGUGUCUCUAUGUGUCAUUAUGGUUGAAAUCACAAAUAAUCUGAAAUUGUUGCCUCUUAUCAUGCUUGUUCUUCUCAUUUCAAAGGCUGUUGGAGAUGCAUUCAAUGAAGGCCUGUAUGAAGAACAGUCGCGGUUAAGGAACAUUCCACAAUUAGAAUCAAAACCCAAAUAUCAAAUGCGGAAGAUGACAGCAAAGGAGGCUUGUGGAAGAAGGGUGAUUUCCUUCCCUCGUGUUGUUAAGGUUGCAGAUUUGGUUUCUAUUCUACGGAGCAACAUCCACAAUGGCUUCCCUGUGAUUGAUCAUUCUAGAAACGGAGAAACACUUGUCAUUGGACUAAUGCUUCGUAGUCACUUGUUGGUACUUCUGCAGUCGAAGGUAGAUUUCCAGCAUAGCCCUUUGCCGUGUGAUCCCAGAGGAUCUAGGUCUAUCAGGCACACUUUGAGCGAGUUUGUGAAACCUGCUACCAGUAAAGGAUUAUCAAUACAUGAUAUACAUCUGAGCUCAGACGACUUGGAAAUGUACAUAGAUCUUGCCCCCUUUUUAAACCCAUCUCCUUACAUCGUCCCCGAGGAUAUGUCUUUGACAAAGGUAUAUAAUCUUUUCCGUCAGCUAGGUCUGAGACACAUAUUUGUUGUUCCGCGCCCAUCUCGUGUGAUUGGUUUGAUUACCAGAAAGGAUUUAUUGAUUGAGGAGAAUGAGGAUUCUGCUUCAAUGGAACUCCAAUCGACUAGUGUAAGAGCACAACAUCGUGAUAGAAGAAAGGGUAGGAGGAUUGGUGAUAUGGAGCACCCGCUACUCACUGGUCUUCUGUCGUGACAUCAUGUCUGGCUGUGGAAGACUCAAGUCUUUUUCCUCCAUCUCUACCUCAAAAAUCUAGGUUUUAUUACUUUAUUUAUAGAUUUACAGUAGUUAUUUUUUGAGAGGUAAAUUAUUUAGGAUUAGAGUCGAUUCAGUAAUUGUUUCCCCUUGAACGGAGGGAUGAUGGAUCACACCCAUCUGAAUUUUUGUAACAUGUGACUGGAAAGCAUGUAGCUGAUCGAUGUGACAUAUAAAGUUACAGAUCACAAAAACAGGGAAAGAUGCAGUACAAUUUAAUGAAUUUAGAUUUGUUGAGCAAAACCUCUGUUCAUCUUA